GGGAGAUAUUUGGAGCCGGCUGCAGAGAGGUUUGGAGUGGGCCGGCUUUAGAGAGAAAUGGUAGAAAUUGAUUAUGUGUAAAUUUUGCAAUGCUAAAAAUUGAUUAUAUGUAUACAAUUUGUGUUAUGCAGGUGUAGGUUACAACAAUGGAUAGUUUUUUGGAUUUGAUGAGUGAUCCAAACAUUGAAGACAAUGGACCGUAUUGGGAUGAUAGUCAAUUUGCAAGCCCACUUGAGGAGCAACAAACGCCACAUGUAGAAGCUGGUGCAUCCCAAAAAGCAAAAAAGGCUAGAUCAAAAAAUUUCAGUGUAAAAGAAGACAACAUGUUGGUGUCGGCAUGGCUAGAAGUUAGUUUGGAUGCUAUACAAGGGAAUGAACAAUCACGUGCUACGUAUUGGCAAAGAAUUACUGAUUAUUUUCAUGAGCACAAGGACUUUGCAUCUGAUCGUAAUUCCAAUUCUCUACAGCAUCGUUGGUCUGUCAUACUAGAAGGUGUUAACCGAUUUUGUGGAUGUUAUGUUCAGAUUCAAAACAGGAGGCAAAGCGGGGUGACAGAACAAGAUAAGGUAAUGCAUGCAUGUGAAUUGUAUAAGUCAAAAGAUCCGAAAGGCAGAUCGUUCGGAUUGUUGCAUUGUUGGAAUAUCUUGCAGCACGAGCAAAAGUGGAAGGAUAGGUGCGGCGAGAAAAAACAGAAGACAUCCACCACUGGAAGUCCAUUGUCCAGUCCUGGGACCAAUGAGAGUCAUCUAGAGGUUGAUGGGGAGGGUCAUACUUCAGAGCCCGUGGUUAGGCCAGUAGGUAGGAAGGCGGAGAAAGAGCGACAGCGGCGAGGUAAAAAUCCCAUUUCUUCUGGAGAUAAUCUUUACAUGGAAGCGAUGGAAAACUUGUGGGCUAAGAAGAAAGAGGCAGAAGCCUUGAAAGAGGUUGCAAAAAAAGAGCGCAAUGAUGAAAGACUUGCACUUGAGAAGAAAAAGAUUGAACUGAAGGAACAAGAUAUUGAGUUAAGGAGAAGGAUUGAAGAUGAUAAGGUGAUGAAUAUGGAUCUUAGUGCUAUGAGUGAGCGACAACGACAUUACUAUACACGCUUGCAGGAUGAGAUCAUUGCUCGGCUGUUUGGCACAGGCUCGGGUUGAGCUACUUCAUAUAUAGAACUUUAAGUAUUUUGUUGGCACUUUAAGUAUGUUGUAUAAACUUUAAGUAUGUUGUAUAAACUUUA